AUGGUACUGGCGGGGGAGGAGCUGCGCGUGGGCGCACCCUCCCCCCACCUGGUCGGACUCACGCGGUCCGCGGGCGGAGGCGACCGCAGUGAAGCCGCCCCGUGGAGGAAAAGAUCCGGCCGCCGGGUACUCGUGCUCACUCACGAGUACCCCUGCGACCGGGUAGAACACACGGGACCCACGUUUUCCGCGGGCGGGGACGGCUCCAGCCAAGCAGCCACGUGGGAAAGAAGAUCCGGCCGCCAGGUGUUCGUGCUCGCCCGCAAGCACCCCGGCGGCCGGAAAAAACACACGGGACCGUCGGAGAUGAACUCCGCGGCCUCGGGGGAGUGGAGGAGGCAAAUGCUUUGGUCAGCCUCCUGA